GCUCGCCCCGUUUUAGGCAGCCCCGUCCCGGUGGAGGAGGAGGAAGCGUGCGGCCGGUGUAGCUGUGCUGUGGUGCAGCUGGUGUUGAGGCAUGCCCGCCUUCGCGUGCCGGCGUUGAAGUCUGGUGCCCCUAGGCGGUCUCGAUUUACUGCCAUUUACAACAUGGGAGUCCGAAAACCCAAUUAAAACCCGAUUAACAUAAACAAACACGCCGUAUUAGGCUUCGAGAACCGCAGAGAGGAGCGAGAUAGUCUCGACAUGCAGAUGUUUCAAUGGGCUGGGCUAACAGCAGCCGUCCAACGGCAACGCAGUACACCCUAAAAUCCCACAUCUUAUUGGUCUGAGCACGGUUUCUCAUAUGUUUAUUUUUGUUGCAGGGAAAAAAAAAAAAAAAGCUUAAUUUGACAUACUGCUCUUUGAUUUGUUCCCCCCCCCUUCCCUCUCCCCUUGCAUCUUUCAGAUUAUGUCAUAACUACAAGAUAAACGAGCAGUGAUGGAAUCACUGGAUACCGAGGUGAGAGCACGGAAGACUCUAGGAACUGUUGAAUAUGUAGAGUCUUCAGGCUUCACCCAGGGAAUACUGCCAACCAAGAAGGAUGUGGUUCAAAACAUGCUGUAUUUAUUGCAGCCCAAAAGAGCUGGCCAGGCCCAGCGAUCCAAAGAGGAUGCAGCCCAGUUACUUGCUGAGCACCUGCAAGAGCACUGGUUGGUUUGCAACUUGCACACCAUCGGCACGCAAAAUAUAAAGAAACUUAUCCUCAAAAUGUACGAGGAGUUUACCAGAUUGUAUCAGACCAGAAAGCAGAGACAGAACCAGGCUUUUACCGAGCGAGCAGACAAAUUCAACGAGAGUUCGGAGCAGCUCUUUGACGUGUUUUGCACAGACACCCAGACGAGGAAUAAACUGGAGGAAUACAGUGGGAUAAAAAUGACUAGCAUCGAGUGGAAAUUUCUCGAAGAUCAGAGAAGCGAAAGAAAAAUGUACUAUGAAGAUUUCACAGACAAACAAGAACUGAAGAUGAUGGAAAGAAGGCAAAAGAUACAAUGCCUGGAGCACUUCAGAAAACUCGCCAAGGAGGAGAAGGAAGGAAACAAAGCGAAGGAAAUGAAAUACAAGAGUGACGAGCAAUCGGACGAAGGCACGAGCGUGGAUGAAUCCUACCCCGCGGAGGAGGAGAACGGUGGGGCUCCGGCCUUUUCGCUGCGGGGCAGAAGGAAGCGGCGGUGCACCACGUCUCCUGCCAGCGCCUCCAUGCCCCUGGAGUGCCAGCAUAUACGGAUGAGCAUCAGGAGAGUUAGGCCUGGGUUCUACGAGACUGUGGAGAAGGUCAAAAACUGCUAGCGCGUGCCGCGGUCGUCCAGGCGGAGCUGCUGGAGUAACGAGGUGGCAAUGCACACGUUAGGCAAGUUUGAAAUCCCACCGUCAAUUGGAAGUGAUUGUUGUAGAUCCCCAAGCCAGAGCUCAGGAACGUCCUGCCUCCGGGGAAGAGCGAUGGGACGGCAACAACAGCGGCAAGGACUAAAAACACCUGGAUUUGGAAGGGUUGGCAGUCAGCGGCUAACAAAGCGAAGGCUCAAACGUAGCGGAUGAUCUAAGGUUACGUAGCACGUAAGCCUCUUCUUCCAAGGUCCUGCCUGUGGGUUUUUAGAAGUCUCUCACCAUUUCUGAGCCAGUGGUGGCCUAACAGUACGGAAACAGGACUCGGAUUUACUGCAGGGAAAUAACUUGGACUUGUUGCUAAUGGAAAAAUUUGUCUGCUGAAAAGCCCUGACUCCUGCUGGUUGCGGUGGGAGUGGAAGGUGCUCGGCCCCUUUCAGCAGAACCUGGCACUUCUGCGAGGAAGGAAGCUGUUUUUCAGCUUGUUAUUACCCAGUCCCGGGAGGCAGCCUGUGGUUUUGUGAAGGGAUUGCUCUCUUGCUUGAGGAGGGGGAGAGAGAGAGAGAGAUCAGGAGACACUUGAGUGCUUUGGCUGUAAAAGCAUUGUUGAUUCUGAAUGUUUUAUUCUAGAUUCUAUUUUAAUGACGUUUCCUUGAUCAGGAUAAAAGCUUCCCAUAAUUGGAUGAGUUUUAACACAGAGUCCUUAAAUCUAGGAUCCGAGGCAUGAAUUCUAAAUGAAGUUAUAAUGUUUUAUCUUCUUGGGGGGAGGGAGGGGGAAAGGGAGGGGGAAAGGCGCAAAUUGCGUUAUUUAGUUUUAAGUUGGGAAGAAUUUUAUAGACUGUUAUCCUGCCUUCUUAGGAUAUAGGGAAGAAAAAGCCUUCCCAGGUGUGGGUAGCUGUGGUAUUUGCAGCAAAAGGCACCUGAGUCCGGGCUUGCUUUUCCACCCCACAAGGUCCGUGCGGACCAGCCAGGGUGGAAAAGGUAGUUUUCCACCCAGAAUUUGUUUGAGCAAAGUGUAACCCUCUUGCCCACGUACAUCCUGAGCAGUGACGUGUCUGUGUUUUUUAGAUACCCUCAGUACCGGGGUAUCUGCCGUUUUUAGUUAGAGUUGCUUUACUGGUUUUUAAAGAUGAGAGACUUGAACUUUCAGUGAAACCCAGUGCUGGAGAUCUCUCUGGUGAGGUUCCCAAACCUGGCCAGAAUGCACUGAAAAUUAAAAACCCCCCAAGUCUCUAUUUGUCCACAGAAGUCCUCUGGUAGAAAGAGCGCAAACUUGCCUGGUUUUCAGAUUUACCUUUCAGUGUGAGCGUUGGUUUCCCCACUCCAGUAUCUCGGCUUUUCCCCCCUCCCUGUUUCUUUCCUCUCAGCCCUGCACAUCGUUUUACCGACAUUAACUCGUGCUGUUUCAUUCUUUGGCUUUUGCUCCCUUUAACAAUAAAUGCAUGUACGAAUAA